AUGACGACCCUAUACACAGAUUCGAUAUGUGUCUUUUGCGGCUCCUCACCCGGCACUAAAGGCGAAUAUAUGGCUGCAGCAGCCUCUGUAGGACGAGCCAUCGCAAAACACAACUAUCGUCUCGUCUACGGAGGUGGUUCUCGUGGUUGCAUGAGCGGUGUUUCGCAAGCCGUCUUUGAAGCGGGUGGACACGUUCUCGGUGUUAUCCCGCAAGUGAUGGCAACCACUGUACCCUCUGGACACCCUGGUCAGAAAGCCGCUUCCACCAUCCUUGUUUCGAAAGAGGGCGUUGGACCUACAGUGCUCAACCCGGACGCUGGAUCUGGUCAAGUCGAGACAGUGGUCGUUCAGUCGAUGCACGAGAGAAAACAACGUAUGGCUGCCGAAAGCAAUCUUGGCUUCAUCGGUCUGCCCGGUGGAUAUGGUACUUUUGAAGAAGUGAUGGAGAUGGUUACCUGGACUCAGUUGGGUAUUCACAGGAAGCCGAUGGUGCUGUUGAAUGUAAAUGCGUUUUAUACGCCGAUCAAGCAGCAGAUUGAGUUGGCGGUGCAGGAGGGAUUCAUUUCGGCCGCAGGCAAGGAGUUGGUUAGUUUUGUUGAUUGCGAUGCCAACAAUCUUGCCGGUUGUGGUGAUGCUGUUCUGGCUGAAGCUGCUCGUUUGAGCAAGGUGGUCUCUGCGAGCGCUGCGGGUUAUUGGGAUUGGAACAAACCUCAGGGUGCCAUCAGCACUGCUCAAGGUGGGAUCAUUGAUAAUGCCGCUUCCAAGUCUAUUCAACUUGCUCAAGGCCAACAUCUUGCAGUUGAGGUUUCCGAUCUCACGUUCACCUUCAACCCAGCUAUCCCGCCUUCGCUGCAACACUGCAACUUGCACCUCAAGCCUGGCUCGAGAUGCUUGCUCAUCGGUGCCAACGGUGCAGGCAAGUCUACUUUGCUCAGGUUACUGGCAGGCAAGAAGUUGUGCGAUUCAAAGCUGCGUGUUUUCGGCAAGGAUGUCUUCCGUGACUCACCCAGCGGAGUUACCUACUUGGGUACCGAAUGGGCCAUGAACCCGGUCGUCAGAUCCGACAUUCUCGUAUCCACCUUCUUGGAUUCGGUUGGUGGAUACAGGCACAAAGCGAGGAGGGAUCGAUUGUUGGAUAUCCUGGAUGUCGAUCUCACUUGGCACAUGCAUGCCAUUUCCGAUGGCGAAAGGAGACGUGUUCAGUUGUGUAUGGGAUUGAUGGAGCCUUGGCAUCUCCUCUUGCUUGAUGAAGUUACAGUGGAUCUUGAUGUUCAAGUUCGAGCCGACCUUUUAGAUUUCCUCCAGCACGAGACGGUGGAGAGAGGAGCGACGAUCAUCUACGCAACACACAUUUUCGAUGGCUUGCAGAACUUCCCCACCCACCUAGCUCAUAUCAGGCUGGGUACGACUACGACCACUUUGCCGAUCGAUUGGCCUGCGACGAACCCAGCCGAUAUCGCAGCUCUGCCUCCAACGACCAAGGCGGAUAAGGGUAGAGACCUCAGCCCGUUGCUCGAGGUGAGCUUGGCUUGGUUGAGAGAGGAUAAAGUGCUUAGAGCCGAGGAAGAGGCCAAGAGAGGGAGCAAGAGAGGUGCCAAUAGGGAUCAGGUGGAAACGGAUAGUGAAAAGUUCUUUAGUAAGUAUGAUUAUAGCCAGACUGUUCCGCGCUAA